AAGCUUUCCCCUGCCCUUUUGGUUUCAUUCAGAGAAUGAAGGAAUAUACUUUAUCUUCCUCCAUAAAUUGAUUGAGAAAGAAACAGAAAAAAAGAAAAAGGAAACCUUUUUUUAGCACAUAGAAAGAGGGAGGGGAACGAAGAAAGAGUAUUUCUAAAGCAAGCCAAAACAAACUCACAAAAUUAAACUUCCUCCCCCUCUAUUCUUCUUGUGCAUAAAUUUGUUUCCUUUUUCUAAAAUUGGUUCAAGAAUUUUUUUGGCUUGGUUGGAUAAUUGUUGAAAAAAUGGAGGGAGAAGUUGGCACAUCAUCUUCAUCUUUGAAGUGUGAAAUGCAAGGGAAUGGGGAAAAAGGGGGCAGUAGCGGUGCUGUAAUAAAUGAAACUAAAUCUGUUAAUAAGUUUCCUUUGACAUUUUGGGAGAUUGGGGUAGCAGGUGUUGUUGUUUUGGGUUAUGCAUUGGGUCUGCUUUGUAUUUAUCUAACUAUGCCUGCCUCUGAUUAUAGCUUCUUAAAGCUUCCAAGAAAUCUUGAAGAUCUUCAAAUACUCAGGGAUCACCUGGAGAGCUAUACUAGUGACUACACCGUUCAGGUCCUUGUGGGAUACUGUGUAGUCUACAUUUUUAUGCAGACAUUUAUGAUCCCAGGAACAGUUUUCAUGUCACUGCUUGCCGGAUCUCUCUUUGGAAUCUUCAGAGGUGUAGCACUGGUCGUGUUCACCGCUACUGCGGGUGCAUCAUCUUGCUAUUUUCUAUCCAAACUGAUUGGGCGGCCUCUCGUGUUCUCACUGUGGCCUGAUAAGUUAACUUUCUUCAGAGACCAGGUGGCUAGAAGGCGAACACGGCUGCUAAAUUACAUGCUUUUCUUGAGAGUUACACCGACACUGCCAAACACAUUUAUCAAUGUUGCUUCACCAAUCGUGGACGUGCCUUACCAUAUAUUCUUCUUUGCAACUGUCAUUGGGAUCAUUCCAGCUGCUUAUGUCACUGUCAGGGCUGGAAUAACUCUUGGCGAAUUGCAGUCGGUGGGUGAUCUCUAUGACAUGCAUUCUAUAGCUACUCUUUUCCUUAUCGGUCUUGUAACUGUUACGCCCACAUUGAUUGGCAACAAGAGCUAAUUAUAGAGCUCAGCUUCAGCAGAAAACAUUGUGAAGUGCCAUGACUACCAUUAACUUUCCUCGGCAUGACUUCAUUAUAUGUACAGAUUAGCAUUAGACAAGUGCAUUGUGCUCGAGUCUCUGCCGCAAAAAGUCAUGCAGCUAUUGAAUUUGAUCCUGAAGCAUUUGUUUGAAAAAACAGCCCCAAAAAAAGGAUCUGAUGUCAUUGGAAGAUAUUGAUGUGUAAGCUUCCUGUCAUGAUUCUGUAAUAGUUUAUUUGCGAUGCUAUUGGAAAACGCUGCCUUAGAUCUUAUAUUCAUUUCUUUUAUCUGUUUCCUUU